GUGAAUCGGAGUCUUUAUCGGCUAGGUCUGGGUAGGGCCGGUUUAUCGGGAAAGUUUGUCUUAUCUCUUGGAACAUUUUUCUGAUAAUCUACGCCUUAGUCUAGCAUUUUGAUCAAUGUCAGGGCAGUAAGGUGCUACGCUUCUUGGUCUCUUGCAGGUGUUUUCUUGGUCCCCCCUAUUGGAUGCAUGACUGGUAUUAGGUAUGUACUAGUAGAACGAUGCUUCGUGGCUAGAGUGAUGUCACAGGUCUGUAGAAGAUCGGGAAAGGUUCUGUGCUUUCUAACCAUUCUUUCAUUCAUGGCCAGUCUAAAGCUUCACCGAACUAGGCCGCCAUGUGGGUAUCUUGAAUUUUGUCAUUUGCUGGGUAUAUUGGACAGUAAUCACCAGGCCUUGUCCCAUGAGAUUAUGAACGCCAUUGCCCUGCCAUGAAUGCAUAACCGUGAGCCUUAUAAGCCAAAGCAUUGCCCUUGGGCUAUUU